CCUAUUCCUAGUACCAUCUUCUUCCAAACCUCUUCCGGCGUCUCUGGCUGUCUGAUCUAGUCUCUCCAGAAACCCUUUAAUUUGUUUUCUCUUUUUGUAAUCCAUUUUUGGGCUCUCCUCAUAACCACAAAUGGUGAUCACUACCACAAAGCGUGGCCACAGAUUUUUCAAGUUCAGAAGCCUAGUUUCAUGCCGAAGUCCCCUUUAUGAUGUUUUGAUAGUUGUCUAGAUCUCAGAGAAAAAACCUCUCCUCCCAGACCGACAAGCAUAUUCUGCAGUUCACCCUCCAUAACCACACUUGCCUGCAAAAGUUGUUGAUCACUGGAUCAUCGGUUGUCAAAAGAUUCUCUCUUUCAAUCUGUACCCAUUUACCUUGAUCUAUACCUAGCUAAUCGUCUCGUAACCCUACUAUUUUUCUGUGAAAAUCUGCUGAUAAAUCUCUCCCUCUUCUGCUCUCCAAACCAAAUGAUUGCUAAGGAAUACGAGUUCUCACGUGCAGUUGUUGAAAUGGCUUGGAUCAUCCUGACGAUAGAUUACUCAAGGCUCUUUUGGCUAUUGUUCCGCGUCUUCUCCUACGACUACCACGAGGGGAAGCCUCGGAUCAUCUAGCAUCUGCUCUCCGUUGCCUUCCAAAAAGUUUCCAUAUAUACAAUUUAAUAAAUACGUACAUAUAUAUUAGAAUCAACAAACAAUAGUAAGAGUAAAGUUUCAGAGAGAUUAGCGAGGUGCUUGAUUGCUCAGCCAUGAAUAAUACUCGGUUGGGAGAAUGUAGAGGUGGAGCGAGGCAACAAUUUGGAUACGUUGAGACCGAUCCAUCUGGUCGGUAUGGGCGUUUCAGGGAAAUUCUUGGCAAAGGAGCAAUGAAGACAGUGUACAAGGCAUUCGACGAGUUCCUUGGCAUGGAGGUGGCUUGGAAUCAGGUGAAGCUGAACGAUGUCUUCAAUUCACCCGACGAUUUGCAGCGACUCUACUCUGAGGUUCACCUCCUCAAGAACCUCGAUCAUGACUCCAUAAUGCGAUUCCACACAUCUUGGAUCGACCUUGAUGGAGGAACCUUCAACUUCAUCUCUGAAAUGUUUACCUCUGGCACCCUCAGAGAGUAUAGACAAAAGUACAAGCGGGUUGACAUUGGAGUUAUUAAGAACUGGGCACGCCAGAUUCUACAUGGGCUUGCUUAUCUGCACGGCCAUGACCCUCCGGUGAUCCACAGAGACCUCAAGUGCGAUAACAUCUUUGUGAAUGGUCAUCUUGGACAGGUCAAGAUUGGUGAUCUAGGCUUAGCAGCUAUUCUUCGGGGUUCCCAACACGCCCACAGCGUCAUAGGUACACCGGAGUUCAUGGCACCGGAAUUAUAUGAAGAAGAGUACGACGAGCUUGUAGAUGUAUACUCCUUUGGCAUGUGUGUGUUAGAGAUGCUUACUUCAGAGUACCCAUAUAGCGAAUGCUCCAAUCCUGCUCAGAUAUACAAGAAAGUGACUUCGGGAAAGCUACCAGAAGCAUUCUACAGGAUUGAAGAUGUUGAGGCAAGGGAAUUUGUGGGAAGAUGUUUAGAGCCUGUUGCAAAGAGGUUGCCUGCCAAAGAGCUCUUGAUGGACCCUUUUAGCAGUGACCAUGGAGAGCAGAUGUUGCCCAUGCUAAAGAUAUCGAGUCAGAAGCCAAGUCCUAAUGGAACAGUGGAGAAGAUACCAUCUUUCCAGACUAAUCCUAGGAAAAGGAGUACAGAUAUGACGAUCACAGGCACCAUAAAUCCGGAUGACUAUACAAUUUUUCUUAAAGUGGCAAUCUCUGAUAAAGAUGGUCUUUCAAGGAACAUUUACUUUCCCUUUGACAUUGGGAGUGACACUCCAAUAGACGUUGCAGCUGAGAUGGUGAGGGAAUUGGAAAUCACAUAUUGGGAGCCAUUUGAGAUAGCCAAGAUGAUUGAGGAGGAGAUUUUUACUUUGGUUCCAAGUUGGAAGCAAUGUACCUCACCUGAAUAGCAUAGCUUCGUAUAUGAAGAAGAAGAAGAAGAAGAAGAAGAAGAAUGAGAUGAUGAUGAUGAUGAUGACGACGAAACUUACCAUCCUUUCUACUGUUAUGCCUCUGAGUCCUCUCGGGUUGCUCUCCAAGAUCUCAGCAUUUCAUGUGAGAUCCAAUCUCAACAUAGGAACCAUAUGAUUUCCGGCGAGGACUGGUUUCAAGAAGGUUUGCUCAUCAAUGACGAUGCAAGUUCUCAAAGCUCCUUAAACUCCGACAAGUACUCCACUUUAGUUUACUGCUCAGUCACUGAAAAUGAUAUUGAUCACCUAGCUCCCAAAAGAGUAGAGCCCAUCUUCACUGCAAGUACCCACAAGUCCACUAGGUUCUGCCCUGAAGAAGGCACGAGUAGCUGGAACCAAUGCAAUGGUUCGCGGAGACCAUAUGACUCAAAUUGUCAUCGGAAAUUAAGCAGGAUAAAAUCAUUUGUGGAUGUGCGCAGCCAGCUGUUGCGGCGGUCUCUAAUGGAGAUGAUAAACAAACGGCGAUUGUUCAAAACCAUCGGAGCUGUUGAGAACAUCGGGUAUCAAGAACCAGGCAAGUUUCCCAAAGAGAUGUCAAUGACUGGUGGUUUUUCUGGGAACUCUCCCAGAAAUAGUGAAAAGCAGAGAUUUAAAUGCUGAGGUUUAUCGUUUGAUAGUUCCCUAUGAAUCCUAAAUUUGAAGAUCUUAGCUUCGCACUUUGGAUGAGUAAUGGUUGUGCUAAGGACCUAAAAUGGGCCUUUGAUUAGGCUUGAUAUAACUAGUUAGUGCGUACUUGCAUGCAUUAGACUGUAAAAAUUAAAAGAAAACCGUUAUCGUGACUCGUGUGCAAUAUACUAUGAUAAAUGUGGAUUGGAGUGAUCAGAGUUUUAAUAAUGGAUGGCCAUGAAUGAUGAUUUUCUUGUUUGAGUUGUAA